AUGGCGGUGGAGAACUGCACUGCAUUUGCAGAAUUUGUGUUUUUAGGGCUUUCUGAUAGAAAGGAUAUCCAAGAGGGACUCUUUCUGUUUUUCCUCCUUGUUUAUGGCAUAACUGUGAUUGCCAAUCUAGGGAUGAUCGUACUCAUCAAAAUUGACCCUAGACUUCACACACCCAUGUAUUAUUUCCUGGGCAACCUCUCUUUCUGUGAUGUCUGCUAUUCCUCUACUGUCUCUCCCAAGAUGCUGGCCGACUUCCUAUCUGAGCAAAAGAGGAUUCCAUACAAUUUAUGUGCCAUUCAAAUGUACUUUUUCGGAGCCUUUGCAGAUGUGGAAUGUCUCAUGUUGGCUGUCAUGGCCUAUGACCGUUACGUUGCCAUUUGCAAUCCACUCUUUUAUACCAUCGCAAUGUCCAGGAGGGCCUGCACCCAGCUGGUGGCUGGUGCCUAUGUCAUAGGCUUGGUGGAUUCAGUCAUCCACACUAGCUGCACGUUUCAAUUGUCUUUCUGCACCUCAAAUAUCAUCAAUCACUUUUUCUGCGACAUCCCACCCUUGCUGGCCCUCUCCUGCUCAGAUACAUCCAUCAAUGAGAUUGUGAUGUUCACCUUCAUCGGCUGUGUGGUGGGGUGCAGUAUUGUCACGGUCCUCCUCUCCUACGGCUGCAUCAUCACCACCAUCUUCAGGAUGAACUCAGCCGCGGGCAGACGCAAAGCCUUCUCCACCUGCGCCUCCCACCUCACAGCCGUGGCUGUGUUUCACGGUACCCUCCUGUUCAUGUAUUUCCGACCCAGCUCCAGUUACUCCAUGGACACAGACAAAAUGGCCUCUGUUUUCUACACGGUUGUCAUCCCCAUGCUGAACCCCCUGAUCUACAGCUUAAGAAAUAAGGACGUGAAGGGGGCUCUGACAAAAGCAAUCAUCACUACAUGGCGCUCUGGGUAG